AUAAUGGACAAUUACAGCAUCUCUUAAAAUUUUAAAUUUUCAGUCAUAACGUGUAGGAAAUUUUCUCACGAAUUCGAAAAUCCGAUUUUUUAUUUAUAAAAAUGUUUAUUUAUUUAUUUAUUAAUAAUUUAAAUUGCUCUAAAAAGGCUCCGUAGAUGAUGCAAUCAAAAACGAUCCCUGAUUGGCCGUGACGUCACAUGUGCCGACGGGAGGUAAGUCUACUCCUUUCUCAAUGCGUAUUUCAACGUGAUUUUUAUACGGUGUUCUCUUUCGUCUUGAAAUUUAUACUAAUACUAAUUUUGUGGAUUAAAUUUACACUUUUAUAAGUGUGUGUAAAAUGGAGGAAGGUUUUCAAAAAGCCCAGACGGAUAAUCUUCCAAAAAUAACGGAAGAAAUGAUCAUGCAAUUCUUCACAUCAAAUCAGCAUUUCUUUUCGCCUGAAAUCAGAGGAGUGAAAGUUCAAAGAUCAGCAAGAGAGUCAUAUGGAGAUAAUGCUGUGGGCUACGUGCAGGUUAAGCGAGACCAGACUGCCUGCACUGUCAAGGGACGAAUCACACCUGAGCACAAAGUCAGAAGCAAAGCAUACACCGUCACAUUAGUUUGUGAUGAGAUGGCAGAAAAUCUCUUAUCAAUUCAGUGUGAUGGUUGUGCUGCAAGUGCAGGUGGAUGCAAGCACACGAUUGCAUUCCUUUUCUGGGUUCACAGAAAAUGUUCAGUGCCAUCCCCAACAGAAGUGGAAUGUUACUGGAAAAAACCAAAGCUGUCAACAGUUGGUUCCAGUGAAAAGUUCAUUUAUGCGUCAAGUUUGGGGAAAAAAAUUAUUAAUGAUCUCCCUCCCAAAAACCCAUCAAUCUUGAAAGAAUGCAUGGAUAUUAUAAAUGAAAAAAAUAUUCAAAAUAUGCAACUCUGUAAUUACUUUUCUGAGUUCAGUGACUCGGAAAAGGUGUCCAUUCACUAUCUGAUAAUGGAAUUUGCAAUGGAGGGGACUGGCUCUGAAGCUGACGCUUUUUUAAACUACUUAAAGAGAAAGAUUAAUUCUGAUAUUUGUAAAAAAGUAGGCCAACUAUCAGUGGAGCAACAUACUCAACCCCUAUGGCAUGAGCUUCGAUAUGCUAGAAUAACUGCAUCGAAACUGUAUGAAGCGUCAAGAUGCUCAAUUUUAGAUGGAAGUCUAGUUGAAGCGCUUCUUGGAGCAAAGUUUCGACCAACGGUAGCUAUAAAAAGAGGUCGUCGUCUUGAAGUUGAGGUAUUGAAGGAAAUUGAGAGGAAUCACAAUAUUCAAAUAAAACCUAGUGGCCUCUUAAUAAACCCUGAACAUCCCAUCUUUGGUGCAUCACCAGAUGGUAUCGCCACAGAUUUUAUUGUUGAGGUUAAGUGCCCUAUAUCAGAAAAAACUAAAAAUAAGUAUAUCAUAAACAACAUGCCUACCGAUAGACAUUAUGCACAAAUGCAACUGCAAAUGUUAUUUGCUAAUAAAUCCAGAGGAUUGUUUUGUGUUGCAAAUCCCAACUUUGAAAAGACGAGAGGAAUUGCUGAGUUAUGGGUACAACGAGAUAAUGAGUAUUGUCAAAAUUUAAUGGAAAGAGCCCUUUAUUUUUGGAAAAAAGCAAUUUUUCCAAAAAUUUAUAAAAAUUGUCUUUCAAAAUAAAAUUUUUUCUGAUUUAUAAUAUUGCAUUAUAUAAUAGUAUGUAGUUACAGCAAUUUUCUAUAAUAAUAUAUUCUAAUUCAUUUAGAAUGCCAUAUACAAUGGAACAAAAUAAAUGUUGUCAGUUUUGCAUA